CAGCUGACUCAUGAGUCUUUCAAACAGUGGCAGGAAUUUCACAACAGCGGUCUAUCGGGACACUUUAAACACAGCUAUUAUCAAGAAUGUCAUUACUGUGGUUCUCUGCAUCUCCAUCAACUAUGUCAACGGUUUUCAAUAUGAACCCUCGCUACAUUCUCUACAUCCACCUGGUACUCAAUGAUAUCAUCCUGCUGACGCUGUUUACCCUCAUUCAGGUCCUGAGUUACAUCGUGUUCACGCUUAAUGUCUCCUUAUGUAUAGUUUUGUUAGUAAUUGCUAUAUUUGCAAAUCUAAACAAUCCGCUGACACUAGCUGUUAUGGCAGUAGAGUGUUACAUCGCCAUAUGCUUCCCUCUCCGCCACACCCAGAUCUGUACGGUCAGGAAAACAUAUGCUAUAAUCGGCCUGAUAUGGGUGAUAAGUUUACUCUCAAUCCUACCUGAUUUAUUUGUCGCACUGGCAACAGAAUCCAUGGAAUUCUUUCAUUCUAGGGUUUUUUGUCUCAGAGAAAAUAUUUUCAGGAACCCCGAUCUCUCACAGAAGAGAGAUAUAUCCAACUCAUUGUUUUUGGUCCUUAUCUGGCUCACUCUAUUCUAUACAUACUUCAGGAUCUUGUUUGCCGCAAAGGCAGCUGCCACAGAUGCCAAGAAAGCCAGAAACACUGUCCUCCUCCACGGCUUCCAGCUGCUGUUAUGUAUGCUCACCUACGUUUUUCACAUUAUGAUUGCCGGUCUGACAUAUUUGUUCCCAAAAGGCGUGCUGGCCAUUCGCUUUUCUAUCUCUAUAUUGAUUCAGGUUCUGCCCCGACUCAUCAGUCCAGUUGUUUACGGGCUACGAGACAAGACAUUCAGGAAGUACCUGAAAAGACAUCUGUUCAGUGCAGCUAGUGCAAAUAAGCAUCCACAAAAAACUCUUAAGAGGCCAUAA